AACUACGAUGACCUGACCUUUUUGAAGGUCGUUUUAACUUCGUCACAAUCAUUAAGGACGUCCGUGUUAAAAAUGUCUGACGCGGAAGGAGAUGAUGUGCCAACUGCCUCUGGAGGUGGGCCCAUGGACAUCAACACUGCACUGCAGGAGGUGCUCAAGACAGCUCUGAUGCAUGAUGGUCUUGCCCGUGGUCUCCAUGAAUGUGCUAAGUCUUUGGACAAGCGUGAAGCACACAUAUGUAUUCUGGCCAGUAACUGUGAUGAACCAGCAUACGUAAAACUGGUAGAAGCUCUCUGUGCUGAACAUGGCAUUAGUCUCAUCAAGGUUGAUGACAACAAAAAGCUUGGUGAAUGGGCUGGUCUGUGUAAGAUAGACAAGGAGGGCAAAGCCCGUAAAGUUGUCGGCUGCAGCUGUGUUGUAGUCAAGGACUAUGGAAAGGAAUCCCAGGCCCUUGAUGUGCUGAAUGAGUACUUCAAGUCCAACAAGUAAACCAAAUAGCCGGUUGACUUAACUGCAUUGACAGGUGUCAACAGUCUACUUGAAGAUAAGAAUGAACUGUUUUCAAAUUGUCUUUCACCCAAGAAGACUGUUGCUACAUCAGGUGUUGAAAGUAGAAUGUCAUCAG